AAAUAAAAAGAAAGCAGUAAAAGGUAGCGAAAUGGCUGACGCCGGCGGUCAAUUUGGAGAUUUUCCGGCUAUUAAUACACACGGAGGUCGAUUUAUUCAAUACAAUAUUUUUGGAAAUUUGUUCGAGGUGACAUCGAAGUAUCGGCCUCCGAUCAUGCCUAUCGGUCGUGGAGCCUACGGCAUCGUUUGCUCGGUGUUGAAUUCGGAAACGAAUGAGAUGGUUGCUGUAAAGAAAAUCGCCAACACUUUUGAUAAUCACAUGGACGCUAAGCGGACACUUCGUGAGAUUAAGCUCCUUCGACAUUUGGAUCACGAAAACGUUAUCGGAAUCAGAGAUGUGAUUCCUCCGCCUUUACGGAGAGAAUUUAAUGAUGUUUACAUUGCCACUGAGCUCAUGGAUACCGAUCUUCACCAAAUCAUUCGCUCUAAUCAGGGUUUAUCCGAAGAUCAUUGCCAGUAUUUCUUAUACCAGCUUCUUCGAGGGCUGAAGUACUUACAUUCUGCCAAUGUCAUUCAUAGAGAUUUGAAACCCAGCAACCUCUUGCUGAAUGCUAAUUGUGAUCUUAAGAUUUGUGACUUUGGUCUCGCUCGACCUACUUCCGACAACGAUUUUAUGACUGAAUAUGUUGUCACGAGAUGGUAUAGGGCGCCGGAGAUAUUGCUAAACUCUUUGGACUACACAGCCGCCAUAGAUGUGUGGUCUGUUGGUUGUAUUUUCAUGGAGCUCAUGAAUAGAAAGCCUCUGUUUCCUGGAAAAGAUCAUGUCCAUCAAAUGCGUUUACUGACCGAGCUGCUCGGCACACCAACCGAAUCCGAUCUCGGAUUUCUCCGGAAUGAGGAUGCAAGGAGAUAUAUCCGGCAGCUCCCUACACAUCCGCGUCAAUCACUAGCAAUACUUUUCCCAAAUGUUCAUCCAUUGGCCAUUGAUCUCAUUGACAGAAUGUUGACAUUUGACCCGACCAAAAGAAUUACUGUCGAAGAAGCAUUGGCACAUCCGUAUCUCGAAAGAUUGCACGACAUAGCUGACGAACCGGUAUGCACCGAGCCAUUCUCUUUUGAAUUCGAGCAGCAACCGUUGGGAGAAGAGCAGAUGAAGGAUAUGAUUUACCAGGAGGCCUUAGCUCUAAAUCCAGAUUAUGCUUAAUAAUAAAAUAUGGUCCUAUCUUCAAAAUGCGCCAUUUCAAGUAAUGUUUGGCUGAUAGUUGAUGCUU